AAUGCCCAAUUCGUUGAAGCGACCACAUCAAAGUACAUUGGCGGACAACUGAGAGCCGUUGGAACGAGUCCGGCCGUCCAGUGUGCUUCUCCUCGACCCCCGGCCUACUCCCUCAGUCAGACAGGCACAAUCAACGGUAGCACCACAUCUAUUGUCUAUCACAGCACAGCUUCCGUGGAGUCACCGUCACCACAGCAGGGCCGUGCUACCUAUUUGACAAUGCAAGGCAAAACAGAUUGUCUGAUGCCACUGAUAAAGCCGGAGACCGGUGUUUGUCGUCAGCAGUCACAACCUCACUCCGGCGUUGGAAUGGAGGACAACCUCGCUGCCAGUCAGCAGCUUCAGGGUCAAGUUCUGCAACAGCAGCAGCAACAACCGCAACAUCCUCAGCAGCAACAGCACAUAAUUGUCCAGACCCAACAGAACCCACUACAACAACACACCGUUUUGCAACAAGGUGAGUUCCAUUCGUUCACCUCCUCUUUGUCCCACUCGGUUGUCCAGGCAGGACAAGCAGUCUUGUGCGUACAAGGUUGUUCUGCUUUUUGUAACCUCCACCAUACAAACUGGGCGCAUUGGGGAUGUUAG